AACAAGUCCGUGAAGCCGACGCUGAAGCGCACAGGCUCCGUUGAAGUUGCUGGCCGCGGUGUUAGUGGAGGUUUGGCCGUCAUUCGAACCCCUUCUAGGACACCUACGCCUCUGAAUAAGCGUCCCGUCACAGAAUGGAAACAGAUAAGGAAUGUUUUUGCGGCUAUGUUGCAAGCCUUGUGAUAGGAAUUAUUUUUGCGUCUGUCAUAUUUACUAUGACAAUCACCCAGGUGGCCAAACCCAAUGGUCUGCUCCUGGUAGUCGUGGGUGGCUCCUUACAGAUGGAGGAGUCCCUGCCAGGUAACGUGACCGUCCGAUUCACCAUAAGGGCAGAAAACCCUACCAGCUGCAACAUCACGUACAAAAACAUCUCAGGGACUGUGGCACUCCUGAAUGAGUACGGGGAGAAUGAAGGCCAUUUCCUGAGAUUCAACAUGACCGAAUUUGAUGUUCAGCAACCAACAUUCGUCGACUCGCCUGCUCAGGUCACUGCAACACAAGUCGGUAUUGCAGUGAACAGCAUUGCAGCAGUUCUGCAGUUUAAUGGGACUAUGGAGAUGAACAGUCGCAACAGCACUGCUGUCUACGGUUGCCGCAUAUGGACCAGGAACUAUGACCAGAAUUGCCCGCGCGUUAAGUAACUAAGAUAGUCUAGCCUGAUUCCACCUUUUCUGUUUCUGGUUGAGAAGGAAAAGAAACCGGUUUCCACUUAUUACAAUAAGAUUUCCUACGAUAAGCUUUGCUCGACACCGGUGAGGGAGGGGCAAGGGCAGCGACGUGCCGUCGGCCCAUUCUCGUGCUCGUAGUCUUCGCUAGGUGGUAAAAAAUUCUAAUUGUAAUUUUUAUUACUUUUAGAGGCCUUUGUACUACUA